CGUGUUUCGAUCUGGUCUUGGCCCUUCAGCUUCUGUCGGUCGCUGUUUUGGGAUUAAGGUUGCGCUGCUCCCAGUGACUCGUAGUAGCCCAGUCCGAUACCGCCUAUAUAGUUUCCCUCGCCCGGUGCCCUGGAGCCAGCAAACUCUCCCCCACCUCAAUCCCUACUUGCCCUCCCUACCUAAUACCUCACUGCAGUCAUCCAGCAUGACGACGCUUGCAGUUGACAAGAACGCCUCGAGCGCCAUCGACGAGAAUGACUUCGAUGACGAGCAUGGCGAGCACCAUCCCCACAGGAACUCUGUCCAUCAUAGGCUGCGAGCAAGCAGCUCCAUCAUGCAGCUGAAGAAGCUCCUCGUCGCCAACCGAGGAGAGAUCCCCAUCAGAAUCUUCCGUACCGCCCACGAGCUGUCGCUGCACACAGUCGCAGUCUACAGUCAUGAGGACCGCCUCAGUAUGCACAGGCAGAAGGCCGAUGAGGCCUACGAGAUUGGGCAGCGCGGGCAGUACACACCCGUUGGUGCUUACCUCGCCGGCGACGAGAUCAUCAAGAUUGCCGUCGAGCACAACGUCAACAUGAUCCACCCUGGUUACGGGUUUCUCUCAGAGAAUGCUGGCUUUGCCCGCGCGGUCGAGGCGGCUGGUCUGAUCUUCGUAGGUCCCUCGCCCGACACCAUUGACGCACUCGGCGACAAGGUCUCCGCCAGACGGUUGGCUAUCAAGUGCAAUGUCCCCGUUGUGCCGGGAACGCCAGACCCCGUCGAGAGGUACGAGGAUGUCAAGGCAUUCACCGACGAGUUCGGCUUCCCGAUCAUCAUCAAGGCCGCUUUCGGCGGUGGUGGCCGUGGUAUGCGUGUUGUUCGCAAGCAGGAGGAACUUGAGGACUCCUUUAAGCGAGCAACAUCAGAAGCGAAGUCGGCUUUCGGCAACGGAACCGUCUUCGUUGAGCGCUUCCUCGACAAGCCUAAGCACAUUGAGGUCCAGCUUCUCGGUGACAACCAGGGCAAUGUCGUCCACUUGUACGAGCGUGACUGCUCCGUGCAGCGUCGCCACCAGAAGGUCGUUGAGAUUGCCCCUGCUAAGGAUCUGCCCAUUGAGACCCGCGAUGCCAUCUUAGCCGAUGCUGUCAGGCUGGCGCAGUCAGUCAAGUACCGCAACGCCGGUACCGCUGAGUUCUUGGUCGACCAGCAGAACCGCUACUACUUCAUUGAAAUUAAUCCUCGUAUCCAGGUCGAGCACACUAUCACCGAGGAGAUCACUGGUAUCGAUAUUGUCGCAGCUCAGAUUCAGAUCGCCGCUGGUGCGUCUCUCGAGCAGCUCGGUCUGACCCAGGACCACAUCUCCACACGCGGUUUCGCCUUCCAGUGCCGUAUCACCACAGAAGACCCGUCACAGUCGUUCGCUCCGGACACUGGUAAGAUCGAGGUCUACCGUUCCGCUGGCGGUAACGGUGUUCGUCUCGACGGAGGUAACGGUUUUGCCGGUGCUAUCAUCACACCUCACUACGAUUCUAUGUUGGUCAAGUGCACAUGCCGUGGUUCCACAUACGAGAUCGCUCGCCGAAAGAUGCUUCGUGCGUUGGUUGAGUUCCGUAUCCGUGGUGUCAAGACCAACAUACCUUUCUUGAUCAAGCUCCUCACGAACCCCACAUUCGUUGAUGGUAAGUGCUGGACAACGUUUAUCGACGAUACACCCGCGCUCUUCGACCUCAUCGGUUCUCAGAACCGUGCUCAGAAGCUGCUCGCGUACCUUGGUGAUCUCGCUGUCAACGGCAGUCAGAUCAAGGGUCAGAUCGGUGAGCCCAGAUUCAAGGGGGAGAUCCCUAUUCCCACCCUCACCGACAAGAACGGUAAGGUCAUCAACACAUCUAAGCCAUGCGAGAAGGGCUGGAGGAACAUUCUCCUCAAGGAGGGCCCUGAGGGCUUUGCGAAGGCUGUCCGCAACAAUAAGGGCUGCCUCAUCAUGGACACCACAUGGCGUGAUGCCCACCAGUCGCUCCUCGCUACUCGUGUGCGAACUGUCGACUUGCUCAACAUCGCCAAGGAGACUAGUCACGCCUACUCCAACGCUUGGGCUCUGGAAUGCUGGGGUGGUGCCACCUUCGAUGUCGCUAUGCGCUUCCUAUACGAGGACCCUUGGGAGCGCCUGAGGAAGAUGCGCAAGCUAGUACCAAAUAUCCCCUUCCAGAUGCUUCUGCGUGGAGCCAACGGUGUUGCGUACUCCUCGCUUCCCGACAACGCCAUCUUCCACUUCUGUGAGCAGGCCAAGAAGAACGGUGUUGACAUUUUCCGUGUCUUCGAUGCUCUCAACGACGUUGAGCAGCUCGAGGUUGGUAUCAAGGCUGUUCUCAAGGCCGGCGGUGUUGCCGAAGGUACCGUAUGCUACUCCGGCGACAUGCUGAACCCCAAGAAGAAGUACAACCUCGAGUACUACCUCGAUGUUGUCGAGAAGAUUGUUGGCAUGGGCGCGCACAUUCUUGGUAUCAAGGACAUGGCUGGUGUCUUGAAGCCCCGUGCUGCCCGUCUUCUGAUUGGCGCUGUUCGUGAGAAGUACCCCGAUCUCCCCAUUCACGUUCACACCCACGACUCCGCUGGUACUGGUGUCGCCUCUAUGGUUGCUUGCGCCGAGGCUGGCGCUGACGGUAUUGACGCCGCCAUUGACAGCAUGUCUGGUAUGACUUCGCAGCCUAGCAUUGGUGCCAUCCUUGCCUCCCUCGAGGGCACAGACUUCGAUUCUGGUCUCGAUGCUCACGCCAUCCGCAACCUUGACGCAUACUGGGCUCAGCUCCGUCUUGUCUACUCGCCCUUCGAGGCUGGUCUUACUGGUCCCGACCCCGAGGUCUACGAGCACGAGAUCCCUGGUGGUCAGCUCACCAACCUCAUCUUCCAGGCCUCUCAGCAGGGUCUUGGUGAGCAGUGGGCUCAGACCAAGAAGGCUUACGAGCAGGCCAACGACUUGCUUGGCGACAUCGUCAAGGUCACGCCUACCUCCAAGGUCGUUGGUGACCUGGCCCAGUUCAUGGUCUCCAACAAGCUUUCUUACGACGAUGUGCUCAGCAAGGCCGAGCAGCUGGACUUCCCAUCCUCAGUCCUAGAGUUCUUCGAGGGCCUCAUGGGCCAACCGUACGGCGGCUUCCCCGAGCCCCUCCGCUCUCAUGCUCUCCGCGAGCGCAGGAAGAUGGACAAGCGUCCUGGUCUGUACCUCGACCCAGUCGACAUUACCAAGGUGAAGUCCGACCUCAAGAACAAGUGGGGCGAUGCCACCGAAUGUGACGUCGCUUCCUCCAUCAUGUACCCCAAGGUCUUCGAGGACUACAAGAAGUGGACCCAGAAGUAUGGCGAUCUGUCCGUCCUGCCCACACGUUACUUCCUGUCGCGCCCUGAGAUCGGCGAGGAGUUCCACGUCGAGCUUGAGAAGGGUAAGGUGCUGAUUCUGAAGCUCCUUGCUGUCGGACCUUUGUCCGAGCAGACCGGUCUGCGUGAGGUCUUCUACGAGAUGAACGGAGAGACCCGAACUGUUACUGUCGAGGACCAGCACGCCGCUAUCGAGAACAUAUCGAGGCCCAAAGCCGAUCCUACAGACAGCAGCCAGGUCGGUGCACCGAUGUCUGGUGUGCUGGUCGAGGUUCGUGUCCACGAUGGCAGCGAGGUCAAGAAGGGCGACCCCGUUGCUAUUCUCAGCGCUAUGAAGAUGGAAAUGGUCAUCUCCGCGCCUCACUCUGGCAAGGUCAGCGGCCUCUCUGUCCGCGAGGGCGAUUCCGUCGACUCCGGCGACCUAGUCUGCAAGCUCGUCAAGUAAAUUGGAAACUGGUAAAAGUGUGUUUGAUGAGGGUGUCCGCUAUACCUGCAAGGACUGGGCACCUGUAAUGACUUUCCCUUGCGCAACGAAUGAGUAUGGUAUACAGCAAUGAAUGACGUCUAUUUUUAAGAUCGAAAAUAAUUGUGCUCUGGGGACUACCUCUCGUCAGCG